GUAUAUAAAUUCCAAAAUUGGCAAUCCAAUCUUCACUCGCAAUCUCUUGCCUUUUGUGGUUACUUCAAUUUUUUUGACAAAUUCUCGUAAAUAAUGUCUGGCCGUGGUAAAGGUGGUAAAGGUCUCGGAAAAGGUGGCGCCAAACGUCAUCGUAAAGUUCUCCGUGAUAACAUCCAAGGUAUCACCAAACCAGCUAUCCGUCGUUUGGCUCGUCGUGGUGGUGUAAAACGUAUUUCCGGCUUGAUCUACGAAGAAACUCGUGGCGUAUUGAAAGUAUUUCUGGAAAAUGUUAUCCGCGAUGCUGUUACAUAUACUGAACACGCUAAACGUAAAACGGUAACCGCUAUGGAUGUUGUAUAUGCACUCAAACGACAAGGCCGUACAUUAUAUGGUUUUGGUGGUUAAUCAUCCCAAUCAAUCGAUCGAUCGAUGCCAAAUAUGAAAUAAUCUACAUCAUAGACAACAUGUAAACAUUUUUU